AUGUCCCAGCCUAUCAUGCUCCCCCAGGGAUGGGAAGCCAGAUGGGAUCCCCAGUCGAACGCCUACAUCUACAUCGACCAGUCCACCGGCGUAUCCCAAUGGGAAGUCCCCAUCAACCCCACCUUCCCCACCUCCCACCCCAACGCCGCCUCCCUCGACCAGACGCCCUCCACCUCCACUCCCGCGCCCCGUCAAGGCAGGCGACACUACCCCACGGCCGAAAUCGCCUCGCAAAUGUACACCAACACCGCGCAGUACGAGUCUCAGCCCCAGGUGGGUGCGCCCCAGGCAUUGGCGCAUGGCGGGCCGCAGUUUAUUACGCCUGGGUUGGAGGGGCAGGGGCAGCAGGCGUAUGGGUUCCCUGCUGGACAGCCGUAUGGAGCGGUGUCGCCGGGUGUACCUGGCUAUGGUGUCGACCAGGCAUCGGCGCAGUUUCAGCAGAUGGGUAUCAGCGGGGGAGCACAGGGGCAGGGACAGGACUACUACAACAACAACCAAAAGCAGCUCCAUUCCACGUCUACAAAGACGAUCAACCUCAUCGGCCUUCCCCCCAACAUUGAGCUGCUCGACGCUCCUCCCCCUCCUGCCCUCCUCCCCCCCAACGCUGCCAUUACGGGUUCCGCGACUGUGCAGCCCGACUCUUCUUACCAGCGUUGCACCCUCAACGCGAUGCCCACCACCCAAUCCCUGCUCAACAAAUCCAAGCUCCCCCUCGCCCUCGUCAUGACCCCCAACCGCUCCGUGCCCCCCAACGAGCCCGAGUCCGAGGUGCCCGUCAUCGAGGACGGCGUCAUCGCGCGCUGCAGACGGUGCCGAGCGUACAUCAAUCCGUUCGUCACGUUUAUCGAGGGCGGAAACAGGUGGAAGUGUUGUAUGUGUGGGCUGUCGAACGAGGUACCGCAGCUGUUUGACUGGAAUCAGAGGGAGGAGAAGCCUGCCGACAGAUGGGCGAGGGCAGAGCUCAACCAUGGUGCUGUCGAGUUUAUCGCCCCCACCGAGUAUAUGGUCCGCGCGCCCCAGCCCCCGGUAUACAUCUUUGUUAUUGAUGUUUCCGCUUCGGCCAUCCAGAGUGGUAUGGUAGCUACGGCUGCCCGUACCAUUCUCGAGUCGCUCGACUCGCUGCCCAACCCCGACAACCGUACACUGGUCAGCUUUAUCGCGGUGUCUACCAGCUUGCACUUCUUCUCCCUCCCUCCGGGUGCCACAGAAGCGAGCAUGCUCGUCGUCCCCGACUUGUCUGACGUCUUUUUGCCCAAACCUGUCGACCUCCUCGUCAACCUCAAGGAGAGCAGGGCCGCUGUCGAAAACUUGCUCGGCAAGCUGAGCGACAUGUUCCAGGACGCCAACACCAUCGGCUGUGCGCUCGGCUCUGCUUUGCAAGCGGCCUUGCAGCUCAACGGCAGGAUCGGCGGCAAAAUCAUCGCCCUCUGCAACACCCUCCCCACCAUCGGCGAGGGCCCUCUCAAAGCCCGAGACGACCCCAAGCUGCUCGGUACCUCCAAAGAAUACACCCUCCUCUCCGCCGGCAACAGCUGGUACAAAUCAUUCGCCAUCGAGUGCUCCAAAGCCCAAGUCGCCGUCGACAUGUUCCUCUUCAACUCUGGCUACACGGACGUCGCGACGCUGUCUUGCCUGCCCAGGUAUACGGCGGGUCAGACGUACUUGUACCCCGGGUUCAACGCGAGCAGGCAAGAGGACGCGAUCAAGUUUGCGAGCGAGUUUGGCAAGGUGCUGAGUGUACCCAUGGGUUUGGAGGCUGUCAUCCGUGUGCGCGCGAGCAGGGGUGUGAGGAUGUCUGCUUUCCAUGGCAAUUUCUUCAUCCGUUCGACAGACUUGUUGGCUUUGCCCGUCGUGCCCGAAGACCAAAACUAUGUGAUUGAGCUUCAGCUCGAAGACGAUCUCAAGCCGGGGAUCGUGGUCAUCCAGACUGCUGUCCUGUUUACGUCUUGUGAAGGCGAGCGACGUAUUCGGGUCAUCACCCAAGCUAUGCCCACUACCGAUACCAUGUCUGAGCUUUUCGCUUCCGCCGACCAAGUCGCGCUCACGACCUAUUUCGCCAACAAGGCCGUUGAGCGGUCCAUGUCCCACGGUCUGGAUUCUGCCCGUGACUUGGUCUCGUCUAGACUCGGAGAGAUGUUGGGUGUUUACAAGAACCAAGUCACGACCGGUGCAGGGGGCGCCAGCGCGCAGCUGGCUGUUCCCGAGAACUUGCAGCUCUUACCGCUAUUGCUCAACGCCCUCGUCAAGCACGUCGGCUUGCGCGAAGGUUCCUCCAUCCCCCCCGACCUCCGGUCAUAUGCCCAAUGCCUCCUCACUACCCUCCCCUCCCAAUCCCUCAUACCUUACAUUCACGCCAAAUUCUACUCGCUCCACAACAUGCCCGCUGAAGCGGGUACUAUUGCAGAGCACGGCGUCAUCCUCCCCCCUGCUCUGAACCUGACGAGCGAGCGCCUGGAGAGGCACGGCUUGUACUUGAUCGAAGACGGACAAAACAUCUUCCUCUACGUCGGUGUCGAAGCCGUCCCCCGCCUCGUCCAAGACGUAUUCGACCUCCCCUCCUACGCCGAGCUCCCAUCAGGCAAAUCCACACUCCCCCUGCUCGACAACCCCUUCUCCGAAAGGAUCAACAACAUCAUCCACAAGACGCGUGAGAUGCGCCGGGGCCCGUAUAGGCCGGGGGUUUAUGUGGUGAAGCAGGAUGCGGAGCCGGCGCUGAGGGCGUGGGCGUUGAGUGCGUUGGUGGAGGAUAGGGUGGAUAGGAUGGGGAGCUAUGCGCAGUUCUUGACGGGUGUCAAGGGGAAGGUGAGUUUAAUCUGUUUGGGUGGUUGA